AUGAACGGCUCGCUUGGGCUCCCGGCGGGGAUGAACGGCUCGCUUGGGCUCCCGGCGGCCCCGAACGGCUCCUCGGCGGCGGAGGGGCUGCUGGCGGGGGCCGGGGGAGCGGCGCUGGAGCUGGAGCGAGCUCUACGCUGCUGCACCGCCGCCUCCGUGGUGACCGACGGCAGCGGCGCGGCCGAGGAGCGCAGCCUGUACAUCAUGAGAGUGGUGCAGAUCGCCGUCAUGUGCGUGCUGGCCCUCACCGUGGCCUUCGGCAUCUUCUUCCUCGGCUGCAACCUCCUCAUCAAGUCCGAAGGCAUGAUCAACUUUCUGGUCAAGGACCGCCGCCCGUCCAAGGAGGUGGAGGCGGUGGUGGUGGGGCCGUACUGACCGCAGGGCUGGCCAG